AUGUCUAGAAGGUGUACUACGUUGAGAUGGAACAUCAGGGCUUUUCUAGGAAUGAAGAGCAAACUUUUUUGUUUCAUUAUCUUCUAUGGAAUUUUCGCCUACAUUUUCCUGACGAGGACAUGUACAGAUAUAAAAUAUGAGUGGAAAUAUGUGUAUGUAGCCCGAACCCAGUUCAUAAAUCUCAACAACACACCCCAUAUAGUACUUGGUAUGUUAACACCACAUAUGAAUACUAAGUACAGAGAUGGACAACGGUCAACAUGGAUAUCUACUAUACAACAAUUAGAUUCAGAGCUCCCCUUUAGAAUAACCUACAAGUUUCUUAUCGAUCGACCAACAAAUGAUACCAUACUGGAAAACAAAAAGUACAACGAUAUUGUUUUUCUCAAUGCAACAAGUGAAGGAAGAGGGGUGAAAUUCGGAGAGAAAAUGUUUUUGUGGUUUAAGUACAUAUAUGAAAACUUUCCAGAUGCUGUACUCGGAGCCAAAGUAGAUGAUGACACAUUUUUAUGUGUUCCGCAAAUUUUUACGAGACUAGAUGCUCUCAAAUCAUCAACAUUGUAUUAUGGAUGGUCACACGGCGAAGGACGGAGGGUAAACGAAGACACGCGUAUGGAUGAAAUGUUUGUAGUUCUUGGUCGAGAUUUAAUAGAAAGAAUCGCUAAUCGUAUGUAUUGUAAUGGGUCAAAAUGUGACCCCAAUAUAGAUUUAAUUGACACUGACUAUGGCGGGACAUCUAUAGGAUCCUGGCUCUCUAUAUACAAUGAUAUAGAUUACCGACGUGAUAACAACAGGAUCGUGCACAUGGGUCGUGGCAAGGAAGAUAUCAUCAUGGAAUAUGUAAAACCAGAUUUCUGUUCUAAAUAUGUGCUCAACCAUAAAUCAUCGGUAGAAAUAAUGCAACUACUUCAUGAAUUCAAUAAGCCUGCAGUUUCGCCAUCUAGUAAAUUUGUUGGUGCCGUGACCGGGUCGCUGUUUUCGGGGGAUAUUGUGAGGACACUUUUACCUCAACCAUUAUACAAGCAAUACAAAUCUUUGGCGAUCGUGGACAAGAUGCCAUCAUGUGAUAAUUGGGCUGUUGUCACGACUAUUUUUCCUCCUUCAAAAGCUGUAAAAGACAUGGCAUCACUGUCUAAUUGGUGUUUAGUGAUAGUGGCUGACAAGAAGACGCCACCAGAGAGUACUUAUGUUUCUGAUAUGGGAAUGAAUAAGAUAGAUAAAAAUAAAAUAAAUUAUCUAUCGGUGGAAGAACAAAGCUUCCUAUACCCUUUAUUAUCGGAUAUCAUACCAUUUAACCACUUCGGGCGAAAGAAUAUCGGGUAUAUGUAUGCCAUCCAUCACAAGGCGAAGUUUAUCUGGGAUUUCGAUGAUGAUAAUGAUGGAACGGUUGAUUUAGACGAUUUUAAAACAGAUGUUCAUUUUCCUUACGUCACAAUUUGCAAAGGUGAACAGGACACACUUGUUAACCCAUAUCCUUAUUUCGGAGUGGCAGAAACCUACACCUGGCCUAGAGGUUUCCCACUACAGGACAUAAAGAACAAAACAACAAUACCUAAACUAUGUAACUCAACUGAUGCCGUUAACCUCGGAAUAAUACAAUCGUUAGCAAAUGAUCAACCGGACAUAGAUGCUGUUUAUAGGAUGACGCGCGACGCUCCUUUCAAUUUUCAGGCAACAAGAAAAUCCCAUCGGCCGUUUGUUUUACCAGGAAAUUCAUUUGCCCCAGUCAAUUCACAGGCAACAUUGUGGUUAGGCCCUGCAUUUCCUUAUCUAGCACUACCAAUCAGUAUAAAUGGGCGUGUCAGUGACAUUUGGAGGGGAUACAUAGCACAGUAUUUUCUUCACAGAAAAGACAUUCGCUUAGCAUUUUCUCCACCUUACGUGAUUCAAGACAGAAACGCUCAUAAUAUUUUAAGAGAUUUCAACGCUGAAUUACCUUUGUACCAGAAAAGUAAACAAUUAGUGAGUUUUCUUUCAUCUGAGAAUUCAAGUAAUCCGCCAGAUAUUGUGGAGUUAUACAAAAUUUUGUAUAUGAGAAACUAUUUAGAAGAACAAGACAUUAAAUUCGCUGAAGCAUGGAAAAAGACUUUUGAUAGCAUCAGUUAG